GGAAGUGUGGUCGCCACAUUGCGCAUUUAGCAUGUAGCUCUAGGCAACAUAAAUAAUCGCGUCCGAAUAACCAGACGUGUAUCGAUUCCUCCCAGACCUCCGGUCCAGCGAUUUUCGGGAACUUUGGCAGUCACAGAGACACGGACUGAAGGGGUUUGAUGGGCUUCUCUCGGGGAAGCUAACAGCUAAGCUUCCGCUAGCGUUAGCAUCUGGUCUGGAGUUAUGCGGGUGGGAAACGCACGGCUUGAAGCCUGAAACGCAAAGGUGUUCCUGUCCAGGUCCCAACAUGGCUGACGACCCGCAGAGAAAUUUCCGUUCUGCGUAUUAUGAGAAGGUGGGCUUCAGGGGAGUGGAAGAGAAGAAGUCACUGGAAAUACUGCUCAAGGAUAAUCCUCUGGAUUUAGAAAAGCUGAGCACGUUCAGCCAGAGGUUUCCCCUCCCGUCCAUGUAUCGCAUCCACGUGUGGAAAGUGCUGCUGGGUUUGAUCGACGCUGCCCCCGCAGGCAUCCUCCCGCCGCACAGCGACUCUCACGCUCUGGUGGGAGGCUACAGGAAGGAGCAGUACCAGGACAUCCUGGAGGCCCUGGAGGUGAUGAGGUACAUCAGCUCCUCCACGCCCUCCACCCACGUCUACCUGCGCAUGUUCCAGCUGGAGAGCCAGGUCCUGCCGCGCUGCUCCGAGACCUCGCCCCCGGAUGAGGAGAACGAGGAGUUUCUGUCCAUCAGUCGAGCCAUGGAGGAGAUCGUGGACGACCCCGUGGACUGCUACUGGCUCAUCAAGUGUUUCGUCAAUCAGUUCCACACCAAGUUCGGAGACUCCAUCCCUCACCUUCCCAAGAGCCUGGAGCACUACCUGAGCCAGGAGGAGCCUCGGCUGCUGAGCCACCUGAGGAGCAGCGGCGCGCUGCCUCAGCUGCCCUACGACCUCUGGUUCAGACGCUGCUUUGCCGGCUGCCUGCCCGAGUCCAGCCUGCAGCGGGUGUGGGACAAGGUCAUCAGCGGCUCCUGUAAGAUCCUGGUCUUCGUGGCCUUGGAGAUCCUGCUCAGCUACAAGAUCAUGCUGAUGGGCAUCGGCCGGUCCGACGGCGUGGUCAAGUUCCUGUGCAACAUCCCGCAAGAGAACACGGACGCCAUCGUGACGAAAGCCAUCGACCUCUGGCACAAGUACUGCGGCACCCCGAUGCACGCCGUGUAGCCGCCGGGACCAGAGUCGACAGUCGAGCUUUUCGUCGGCAUGAGCAGCGUGACAACGAGCUCCUCUUCCGGAACAGUCGAGCCAUGCAGGAGACAUAAAAACAUCUGACUCAGACUCUGGAGAGUGUAACGAGAACGGCGUUUCUGUUUGAAUGGGUGCAGAGAGUGUGUGUGUGUGUGUGUGUGAUCUGUAACACUGAAGAUGAGUGUGUGUGUGUGUGUCAGCAGCUGUAUCAAGGAGGAAGCUUGACAGGACAGCUGCAGCGAGCAGCGAGAAGAAAUGUCUUUCAUUAAAAAAAGCAAGCACAAAGGUAUUCUUUGAUUUUAUUUUAGAAACUGCAUACAUCAUAGAAGACUCACAAUAAAUUAAUACCCACAUGCUUUACAAAAAAAACCUCUGAAAAGCCUCUCACUGUAUGUACAUCUUUUUAGAUUUGAGAAUAUUAUUUUACUCUUCGAAGAGACAGCGGCGUUACC